UCGGUGAUCGCCGGGCGGGACGUGGCGCCGCUGUCGCCCGGCGUGGUGCGGGCGCUGAACGCCACGCGCUACGAGAAGAGGAAGGUGGCGGCCCUCGAGGUGGAGAAGCUGGUGCGAGAGUUUGUGGCCCAGAACAACACGUCUCAAAUCAAACACGUGAUCCAGAUCCUGUCGCAGGAGUUCGCGCUCUCCCAGCACCCCCACAGCCGGAAAGGGGGACUCAUUGGCCUGGCCGCUUGCUCCGUUGCCUUAGGCAAGGACUCUGGGCUCUACCUGAAGGAGCUGAUUGAGCCGGUGCUGACGUUUUUCAACGACGCCGAUAGUCGGCUGCGAUACUAUGCUUGCGAGGCCCUCUAUAACAUUGUCAAGGUGGCCAAGGGCUCUGUCCUCCAGCACUUCAACGUGCUCUUCGAUGGCCUCAGCAAGCUGGCUGCUGAUCCUGACCCGAAGGUCAAAAGCAGCUCUGAGCUCCUCGAUCGGCUUCUCAAGGACAUCGUGACAGAGAGCAACCAGUUUGACUUGGUAGGCUUCAUCCCGCUGCUGCACGAGAGGAUUUACUCCAACAACCAGUAUGCCCGCCGGUUCAUCAUAUCCUGGAUCCUGGUCUUAGAGUCUGUGCCCGACAUCAACCUCUUGGAUUACCUGCCAGAAAUCCUGGACGGGCUCUUCCAGAUCCUGGGAGACAACAGCAAGGAGAUCUGGAAAAUUAUUAAACUAGGAGAGGAGGAACCCCAGGUUAUCCUGAAGGACCUGGAAGUGCUGGCUGAGAUUGCUUCUUCCCCAGCGGGACAGACGGAGGGUCACGGUCCCUCCGAUGGCUCCGAUGCGCGACCCGGCCCGGUGGAGCUUCACGUCCCGGCCAGGGCUGGCCAGCUGAGCUCCUCCGGUACGAAAGGCUUGGAGUGCUCGCCCUCCACCCCCACCAUGAACUCCUACUUCUACAAGUUCAUGAUCAACCUGCUCAAACGCUUCAGCAGCGAACGGAAACUUCUGGAGACCAGAGGAGCCUUCAUCAUCAGGCUGGAAGCCAGUAAAGUUAUUCCACCUUCGAAACUUGGGAUUCAAAGCACCGCCUUCUCCUUUCGAGCCAGGCUGAACUAUGACGCGGUCACCUUCGACGGCCUCCACAUCUCCCUGUGUGACCUCAAGUGCCAGAUCAUGGGCUGCGAGAGGCUGAAGGCGGCCAACUGCCACCUGCAGAUCACCAACGCCCAGGCUACAGAAGCUAUAAAGACCAAGGGCUACCAGCUGGCGAACCAUGCAAACAAGAAGUUCCAUUCAUAA